AUGACAUUAGCAAGUUCAAUACGUGCUCCACUUGAAUGGCCUAAUAUCGAUGUAUUUACUUUGGGUAAAUCAUGUCUUUAUGGUUAUGAUUCAGUAAAUCAUUGUCUUGUCGUUCAUUCUUUAAUACAAAUAAAUAAUUUAAAUGAUAUUUCCAUUGAUCAUCUUUAUCUUUCAUCAUCACCAACAUGGCCUAUUCGACGGUUAAGUCUAAAUGAAGAUGAAACUAUUUUGGCACUUUUAGCAGAGAAAAUUGUUUAUCUAGUUUAUUUACCACAACCAGAUAUAAAUAUCAAUGAUAAUUCAUCUUCAAAAGGAUCUUGUCUAUGUCCAAUAGUUCGUGUUCCUCCAUUAGUGUCAUCUUCACAAACAAUAAGUUGUUCUCUAAUAGAUUUUGUUUGGCUAAAUUUAAAUCAUUUUCUUAUUGUCUAUACAAUUCCAUCAUCAUCUGAAUGUUAUCUUUAUAAAGUUCAAUCAUUAAAACAAAUUGGAAUCGUACAUCUUCAUACAUAUUCAGUUGGAUCAUGUUCAACAAAUAAAUUUCGAACACCAAAUAAAAAAAUCUCUCUUCAUCAACCGUCAGAUAUUAUUAAAUUAGAUGUCACAACAAGAAAAGAACAGCAUUCACAAUUGAUUCUUGUAAUUGCAAUGAAAACUGAUGGUGAUAUUUUUAUAUUAGAAAUUGAUGAAAAUCAACUUCAAUCAAAUGAUAAUAACAAAAUCUUUGAAGAAUUUCACGGUCCUAUUUGUAUUCUUCCAACAACAUUUAAUAAUUAUGGGGCUGAUCAUGGUCAAUCGACAUUUAUCUGCUUAUCGAAUUCUAUGUAUCCUCUUGUUGUAAUUACACGUGAUAAAUGUCAAAUGAAUCAAUGUGUUAUAUUAUCUCCAUCAUCAAAUCAAUAUUAUUUAUUUACGAUUGAUUUAAUUUGUUUACCAAUAAAUCAAAAUGGACAAAUGAUCACAUCCAUAAUUCGAGAUCCAUUUUAUUCGAAUAGAUAUUUUAUUUCAGAUUCAUCGGCAAAUGUUUAUUUAAUUGAAAUAUCAUGGAUUAAUCAAAUUCAACAAGGAUUAAAACAAGUUCAGUCAACACAUAUUCAACAUUUAAUUACUGAGACAAAUUCAACUUGCAAAAUAACCAAUAAAAUUGAACAAAUGGGCUUAAUACAAACAAAUAAUAAUGAAAAAUACUUGACAAUUAUUGCUAAAUCACAAACAAAUCAAAAAAAGGAAUUAAUUUUUGUUCGUUUACAACCAACAGAAUCUAUUGAAAAUGCAUUGUUCUUAUACAAAUCAGAAACAUCAACAUUCUCAUCGGAAUUUGUUGAUCGUAUUCGUUCAUUGCUUUCACGUGAACAAUCGAUUCCUUUUAUAACACUUUCAACAUCAUCAAUAAAUAUUUCUGAUUCAGAUUUUGAAAGAAAUCUUUUACAAUUCAUUAAAAUUUUGACUGAGCAAUAUAUUGACAAACAAGAAAAUGUUCGGAAAGAACUUGAAAAUAAACGAGUUUAUUUAGUUGAUUUUCAACAAACUGAAUUCAAUCAAACUAGAAACCUCAAUGAAAAAUUUCAACUUAUUCAAAAACGAUUUCAAACGUUGACUGAACAAUAUCAACAAGAAUAUUCUCGUCGAAAACGUCUUUCAUCACAUGUUAAUGAUCUUUUAUCUGUAAUUGAACAAAGUACACCAGUUCUAUCAGAUGCUGAAAUACGAAUGGAAAAACAAUUAGAAACAUAUAAAAUGCAAAUCAAUUGUCUCAAACAUAAUAUUCAACGUGUGCAACAAUUCAUAUUAUCAAACCAAAAUCAAGAAUUAUUUGACAAUUUACCGAUGGAAAAUUUUCAAAAUGUUGUUCAAACUCAUCGAAAUCAUAUUGAUCAAAUAAGAAAACAAAUACAAUCUGUUCAAACUAAUACAUAA